AUGGAGGACCGCCGUCAGUCCAUCAGGCAAAGCGGCAUUCCACGAUCAUCUCGCCUCCCAACUCUUCGAACGUCACAAAGUUUCUCGUCCCUUCGACCUUCACCCUCGACCGAGCAGCCAAACCGCAGCAAUGGCACUAUACACAACCCCAAGCUUCGAUCAACCCCGUCACAUGAUCGCUUAGGAAGCUUGGGAAACACAACAUCUGUCUUGGCUGGAAAUCGCAAACCAGAGACGCCUUCACGCGUCUUUCGGCUCCAAGGCAAACCGCUCCCACCGCCCCCGAGAAGCUUCGUCGGCCCUCGAUCCUCGAGCAUAACUCGAAUUCCUGCCUCAAGCACCUCACCUGUUGCUUCCGAGGCGUCACAAUUCUCUGCGUCGACCGCAACACCCUCUCCGCCAGCUGAGCAGCCUCUCUUUAAAAGGAGAACGACUCUGACCAGGCGACCUUCAGAUGUUGCCAAAGAGAGCUUCACAACCCCAAGCAGGGACUCGUCUUCCUUGGAACCCUGGGCAUCUUCAGUGCCGAUGGACCUGCCCUCAAUGCCAGCCAAUUUUACCAUUGACGAGGAAGAGUCGACGACCGAAACGAUAAAGCCGAAGACGCCCCGCUCAAGACCAUCCUUGUCAGAGAGGACAAUUGAGACGCUCUCUCAAAUACCUUCUUCACCUGCAAACAGGGGAAGAAGACCUUCGGCUUUCUUCGAACCUGGCUCUGCAACUCGCUCAGGUUCCAGACCUGCAUCACGCAGUUCACUCAGCUCGCGACCAGGUUCAAGCUACCGUAGUGAAGGUUUCAACCGACCGACCUCGAGAUCGAAAUCGCAAACAAGGCCCGGUUCGAGCCAUAGGAUAGAAGACACAGGCCCAGCUUCGUUCCGGGCCUCAACUAGUCACAUCAGUAACUACAAAACACAGCUUGCUCCCAUUAACGGUACACCGCCGACGCAAACAAAACCCCGGGUGGGAGUCAAAACUACGCGUGCGCCUGCGGCCAGGGUUGCAGGUCAAGGAGCUGCAAUGCGACCUCCCACCCUUGGCAAGAUACCUACACCCGCCUCCAGAACGCUUCCCAAAGCAUCCUUCAGCAAACCGCCGGCAAGUUCCAGGACCCCUAGUCCGGAGAAGCAGCAGGUCCAGUCGGAUGAAAACAAACCCAUGGCAAAGACAAUGCCACUGAGACCACCCAAGCAACGCCCCUCGCUCAACGGGCUGUUUAGAAAACCUCCAGCUCUCGCGCCGAACAACCAGACGGCUGGGGCUACUCCCCCGAAAGUCUCUCGCAAGACUUCGCUUGUUUCACACAGGUCAUCUACUACCUCGGGUGAUGACACGGUGCAGUCCGGGCCCUCGCCGACAUCCACUGCGACUUCGGUCGAUACGAGCGAGCCAGCACCCACGGCGACUUUUAGAAAGUCUUCUGCGGCCCUGAGGGAGCAAAUUGCAAAGGCAAAGGCAGCCAAGAAGGCUACCACACAGCUUGAAGUCGACCCAAAGAAAAUGCCCAGCGUAGGCAGACAUCCCAUCAGAUCACCACUGAUACCAACGGACACCUCCUUCGACUUUGGUCUGUCAGAUAAUCCGUUCAAUCAGCAGCAGGCAGACCCCGGGUCAAAGAACAAGGUCUUAGAAGGCCGGCUAGUGACUGCCCGGACUAGUGGAAGGCUCAACAUUGCAGCCCUUGGCCUUCGCGAGAUCCCUGCCCAAGUUCUCAAGAUGUACGACUCGGAAGCCAUGGGCAUUAACGAUGGAUCAUGGGCAGAGACCGUGGACCUCACCAGGUUCGUUGCGGCCGAUAACGAGCUGGAGAUGAUCGAUGACGCCGUGUUCCCUGAUAAGGAUCCGCAGGCUUUUGCCGACGACGAGGAUGGGCAAGGCAUGAUUUUUGGAGGCCUCGAAACUCUCGAUCUGCAUGGAAACAUGCUUAUCUCUCUGCCCAUCGGCCUGAGACGCUUGCAUUACCUGACAUCUUUGAAUCUGUCUUCGAACCGAAUCACGAAUGGCUCUUUCGAGGUCAUUUCCCAGAUUACGUCUCUCCGCGACCUCAAGCUUGGGGGCAAUCUCUUCUAUGGGCCGUUGGAUAACUCUUUCACGAGCCUUGUCAAUCUGGAAACCGUUGACUUGCAUGACAACAACAUCUCAGCCCUUCCAGCUGGGAUCGUAAACAUGCGCAAGCUUCGAAUUUUGAACCUUGGCGAGAACAAUUUCGAGACUUUGCCUCUCACGACUCUUGCGCAACUCCCACUUACUGAGCUGGUCGUUCGAAAGAACAAGCUGAGCGGCGUGCUUAUAGACGACGCAGAUGCGGUUUUUCAGACCUUGCAGAUCUUGGAUGUUUCCUCAAAUCAGCUUACUCACAUUUUGCCUCCUAGCUGCAGCUCAGCACUCGCCAUGCCUUCUCUCCACCAGAUGUGUGUAUCGAUGAACUGGCUCCAGGAGCUGCCCGGCCUUGGCAUGUGCGCCAACUUGCUCACCCUGAAUGCGGAUGAAAAUAGCAUUACUGAUGUUCCAAACGGAUUGACGGGCCUGACCAAACUAAGACAUGUGGAUUUUUCGAGCAACGACUUGCGCGUCAUCCCGCCGGAGAUAUCUCGCAUGGAUAAUCUGAACAUGCUCAGGCUCAGUGGCAACCCGCUUCGGGACAAGAAGUUCUGCUCCAUUACCACGGAGGAGUUGAAAGACAUUUUGGCUGCUCGCCUGGAUCCUGACCCGAUAUUGAAUGAACCUGAGGCCACGUUUAGCAAUCUCUUGCCCUCGGCAGUGUCAUCAAGCCCAAAAAUUCCAGCAACACGAUCAAGGAUGAACUCCAUCCCAAGACAUAUUGAAGACGGGGAUGAAGCAGGAUCUGAAAUCAGCGACAAGUUUGCGACGCCGCCGACUUCGGCUCCUCAAUCGCCAGCCGCGCGUUCACGGUCCCAUACCUUAUCCAGCGAACAAUGGACGGUAAGGCCUGGCGGCGUGCUGGACAGGUCGAACACUCAAUCGUCGGCCCUUCAUCCCGUGUCAUGCUCUCGUGUCGCCAACGAGCAAAGCGUCCGUGAGGUUCAGCUUCAUCACAACCUUUUCUCAAUGAUACCGGAGUCCCUUACUUUCUUUUCCCAGACCCUUGUAUCUUUGUCUCUUUCACAUAACAAGCUUAUGGGGGAGUCAUACAUGGGAGACAUGGCCGCCAGCGGUGGCGGGCUGAAGCUGGAGCUGCUUGCGCUCCGGGAACUAAAUCUGUCUUCAAACCACAUUACCAGCCUGGCUCCUUUAAUGUCGAACUUGAUCAGCCCGGGACUUCAGAAGCUAGACGUGAGCACCAACCGCAUUGCCGCUCUUCCGUCUGGGACUGGAUUGAGGGAUGUGUUUCCAGAGUUGUCAGUAUUGCUCAUUGCCAACAACCACUUGGCUGAUUUGGAGCCCGAAGCGAUAAAGGGCAUGCGGAUUGUUGACGCUUCCAAUAACGACAUCGCCCAUCUCAACCCCCGAAUUGGGCUCCUCGGUGGGAUUGAGAAUGGCGCUUUGGAGCGUCUGGAUGUUAUGGGCAACCGGUUUCGCGUUCCCAGAUAUAAUGUUCUUGAGCGCGGCACCGAGGCUACGCUGAGGUUCCUCCGCAGUCGCGUGCCUGUCGCCGAGAUGGCAGCGUGGAGAGAAGCAAGGGGUGCAGCUGUGAGCAGUGAGGACUGUGAUGCAUUCGAUGACAGCCUAAUCGAGUAA